AACACUUGCUAACUAACCUGGCACACUUCCACCGCGCGUACUCGACAACUGAAUGCACCUGCACCGGGACGCUGGCAAGCUAGCCGCAAAGCCGGGCGACAGCGCACGUGACCCGUGGGCCUUGUCCCGCAGGCCGACUGCGAUUGGACAAAACCAAAGCCCCACCCGCAGCCCGCCGGCUCUCGUCAGCGGUUGGCUCCGGACCUCGCGCAGGCGUUCUUGUUGCUAGGCUCGCGAGGAGGGGGCGGGGCCACGCUGCGCGUGCGCAGCUCCGGCAGGACGCUUUCCGGUCGGGCGGGAGGAGGUGACGUCAGGAGCGGCGGCGGCGGGCCGGCUGGGGCCCCCUUCGCGCGGGGAGCGUGGAAUCCAUGGGCCCUGGAGUCGCGUCACCAGCCAGCGACUGGGUCUAGGCGGUGUGGGCCGAAGCGGGGAAGGCGGCAGUGGUGGCGACAGCUCUGGGGUCCGCGUCUCGGGGUGUGUCGGCUGCCGCUGCUGCUUGGGCUUGGUAUGUACAGAUGGCUGAUUAGGAUCCUCGGCACCAUUUUCCGUUUCUGCGACCGCUCGGCGCCCCCUGCCCGGGCCCUGCUGAAGAGGCGGCGCUCGAACAGCUCUGUGUUUUCUGCAGUGGACACUGAUGAAAUACCAGCUAAAAGGCCAAGAUUAGAUUGCUUUAUUCACCAAGUGAAAAGCCGUCUCUACAAUGCUGCCAGCUUGUUCGGAUUCCCAUUCCAGCUGACCACGAAGCCCAUGGUGACUUCUGCUUGUAACGGGACACGGAAUGUGGCCCCUCCGGGAGAGGUAUUUUCGAGCUCUUCAUCUUGUGAACUGAAAGGUUCUGCCUCCAGGAACAACAUGCUGAAACUGGGUAAUAAAUCUCCCAAUGGAAUAAGCGACUAUCCAAAGAUCAGAGUGAUGGUAGCACGAGAUCAGCCACGAAGAGUCCUGCCCUCGUCUGGUUUUUCUUUGAACUCAGAAGGCUACAAUAGAAGACCUAUUGGCCGUCGCUAUAGCAAAGGCAACACGGAGAGUUCCUCGCUGUGGAGACCGCAGGAGCAGGCUGUCACCGAGAUAGCAACUGAAGAGGGUGGCAAGGGCCUGAGGCGUCCCCACUGCACUGUGGAGGAAGGUGUUCAAAAAGAAGAAAAAGAGAAGUACCAGAGGUUAUUAGAGCGACUCAAAGAAAGUGGUCCCGGGAGCUCUGUCUCUCCUGGUGCUUCACACCAUCACAGUUCACAAAGAAAUCACAUGGACACUUUGAAGACCAAAGGCUGGGUGGGAGAGCAGAACCAUGGAGUCAGAGCAACGCACCUCGUUCCAAAACAGUAUAGAGCUUUUGAAACAAGGGGACCUCUCUAUCCAGUGAGAAGUGACAAAAGGUGUUCAAAGGGGAAAAUUUCUGAUACAGAGAAGAUGAUUGGACUGAGACCUGAGAACGAAAGUAGAAGGGGCCACCAGCUGGAGCCUGACCUGUCAGAAGAAGUGUCGGCCCGACUCCGCCUGGGCAGUGGAAGCAAUGGCUUUCUCCGGAGGAAAAUGUCAAUACUUGAGGCGAAGGAAAAGAAUUUCUCAAGCAAAGAGAGGGACAGAAGACCAGAUGAUCUCCUUGAACUUACCGAGGACAUGGAAAAGGAAAUCAGCAGUGCCCUCGGCCACGGGCCGCAGGAUGAGAUCCUGAGCAGUGCUUUCAAGUUGCGAAUUACUCGAGGAGACAUCCAGACCUUAAAGAACUAUCACUGGCUUAAUGAUGAGGUCAUUAAUUUUUACAUGAGUCUUCUAGUGGAAAGAAAUAAAAAGCAAGGCUACCCAGCACUUCAUGCAUUCAGUACUUUCUUCUAUCCUAAGUUAAAGUCUGGGGGCUACCAAGCAGUGAAAAGAUGGACCAAAGGGAUAAAUCUCUUUGAACAGGAACUUAUUCUGGUGCCCAUUCAUCGGAAGGUGCAUUGGAGCCUUGUGGUGAUGGACCUAAGAAAAAAGUGUCUUAAGUAUCUGGAUUCUAUGGGACAAAAGGGCCACAGGAUCUGUGAUAUUCUCCUUCAGUAUUUACAAGAUGAAAGCAAGACCAAAAGAAAUAUUGAUCUGAAUCUUUUAGAGUGGACCCGCUACAGCAUGAAGCCACACGAGAUUCCUCAACAGCUGAAUGGGAGUGAUUGUGGAAUGUUUACUUGUAAAUAUGCAGAUUAUAUUUCUAGGGACAAGCCUAUCACAUUUACACAGCACCAGAUGCCUCUGUUCCGGAAGAAGAUGGUGUGGGAAAUCCUGCAUCAGCAGCUGCUUUGAGAAUGCUGCCCCCUCCCUCCGGCCUCUGGCUGUUCCUUCCCAGCCGUCUCCACAUACCUCAUGCAUUGUGGGUUACCCAGUCCCUGCGUCCCUUUUCUGUUCUCCCACAGGUACUGAGCUGCCGUGCAUGGAGCCCUGUCUCGGGGUACAGAGGGGCUGCUUUCGACCCUGACUAUAAGGCUGUGCCUGCUUGGAGCCCUGGACUGUUCAGCCCACACAAGAACAAACGCUAAUUAAUGUUUUCUUAUUUUAAAGAAUUAUUUCCCUGUGAAUGUGGGAAAUGUAGGAUUUACUCUAUGAAUUGUUUUUCCAUGUGUUUGUUCACGUGUGUUCAUUCACUCACUGGUUUGUAGAUGUGGGGUGGUGGCCGUUGUCCACUGCCUCUGACAGUUAACUCUACAUGAUGUGCUUGAAGUAUUUAUUUCCGAGAGGAACAUUAAUCAAACUGCCACUGCCUGCUGGCACUCAGGAGGGACAGUGGCGGGGGAGGACGGAGCGUUCAGAGCCUUCCCAAGCGCUGGAGCAGUCACUGCCAACCCGAAGUGAGAGGUCUCCUGUCUGAGGCUUCCGUGGAAGCGCAGGAGAAGCAGAAGUGCUGUGCUUGGGAUCUGGGUCCGAGCAAGCCCGGCACCACGCACUGCGCAGCGCGAGCGUCGCCAAGGACCUUGGGCCAGCCGUGUGGUGACCUCAAGUGCGUCGUGCCACCUCAGAGCCACUCCCCUUCUGGAGCAGAGGUGACACGGCUUACUCUUGAAACUGGAUUCAAAGUAACUGUAAACCCUAGUCUUCACUUUGUCCCAGAUCCGGUUGAGCAUAAACCUCAGAAUUGUAAGGGCUGGCCUGAGCUGUUUAUUUCAAAAGAUGCUAUUCAAUUUAAAGCUAUUUUUCCUCAGAGAUUUUUUUUCUAUAUAUGAAGCUAAAAUUAAGUUUUGUACUCAUGAUUAACACCCCCCCUCCCCUGUGCCCUCCCACCGCCAUCUGUGGAAGAAGGUUUAGUACUUGGCUCCAAGGUCGCUGGUUAUACAGCAGUCUAUUUUGCAUAUGAAAGUUUGUAUUUAACUUUUUGUUCAUUAAAAACCUUACAGAUGUG